UGAUACUAUUGACAUUGACAAUUAAUUAGUAAUAUCGAAUACUAAAAAAAUUAGAUGACCACACUUUGACGUACUUAGCACGACUACGUCGACAUAAACUCCAGUUUGAUAUAGUUGAAUAGAUAAGUCCUACUCAACAUGAAUUUGAAUGAGAUACAUGCGGUGUUAUUACACUUAAACAAGAGCCUUCAUUACUAUUAAUACUAUACUUUUGGAAACUCAUAUCUAAUGGUCACUUUUUUUACAAAUUAUGUUGAGAAUCGUUAGAUAUGGUGUCUUUAUAUCUCAUAGUUGGAACAUUAACGUUAAUCAUAAUGCAAGAUCUAUAAGAUCAUUUAGCCGAAAAUUAGUAAAAACUGAGUAUUCAAGGAGAAUAUUCUCUGGAAUUCAACCUACUGGUAACGUCCAUUUAGGAAAUUAUCUAGGUGCAAUACAGAAAUGGGUAGAGUUACAAAAUUCAGAAAAAAUAGUUAUAUGGAGUAUUGUAGAUAUGCAUUCAAUUACAUUACCUCAUGAUCCUGUCACAUUGAAAGAUAAUAUUUUUAAAGUAACAGCCACAUUAUUGGCAUGUGGAAUAGAUCCACAAAAAAGUAUAUUAUUUCAACAAUCUGAUGUUUCUAUGCACUCAGAAUUAUGUUGGAUACUUGGUUGUAUCACUACCAUGGCUAGGCUUGGACAUUUGCCACAAUUCAAAGAAAAAAGUGAAAACUUAAAGAAUAUUCCUUUAGGAUUAUAUAUUUAUCCUGUUUUACAAGCUGCAGACAUAUUGCUUUACAGAGCUACAGAUGUACCAGUUGGCCAAGAUCAAGCACAACACAUACAAUUAGCACAGGAUUUAGCAAAUUCUUUUAAUAAAAGAUAUGGAGAUACUUUUCCAAUACCAAGGACUCUUAUUUGUGAUGAUGCAAGUAAAAGAAUAAAAUCACUACGAGAUCCUUUAAAGAAAAUGUCCAAAUCGGAUAAAGAUUUCAAAAGUAGGUUGGAUUUAACCGACAAACCGGAUGUGCUGUUAGAAAAAGUGAAAAAAGCUGUAACUGACUUCACAUCUGAAGUAUAUUAUGAACCUGAAACCAGACCAGGUGUUUCCAAUUUAAUUGCUAUUCAUUCUUUACUCACUGGAAAGUCACCUGAAGAGAUUUGUAAAGAUGCACAAGGUUUGGAUACUGGAAAGUAUAAAUUGGUAUUAGCAGAUGUGAUAAUACAGAAGUUAAGACCAAUUCGGGAGGAGAUAUUUAGAUUAUUAAACGAACAAUUGUAUUUGGAUGAAGUUUUAAAGAUAGGCUCACAAAAAGCAAUGGAACUUGCAUUUCAUUGUUAUUCUGAUGUAAAAAAUAAAAUAGGCUUUGAAAGGAAUGUAGCAGGAAAGGAAAAGACAAAAUACUUUGUACAUUGAUUGUAUAGUUAAAGGUAAACAUUUAUUAUAAAUAAAUAAUAAGUUUUUAAUAAGAAUAACAAUAUAAAGAAAAUUUUAUAAAAAAGUUCUAAUAGAUAUUAUUUCAUGUCAAUAACUAAUUUACCUCGUAAAUGACCUUGUGUUACUCUUUCAUAUGCUGCUGGUAAAUCUUGAAAAGGAUAUAUUUGUUUCACAACUGGUACUAUCUACAAAAUAUACUUUUAACAUGAAUAUU